ACUACGCAUUGAAAAAUCUGAGAAAGCAAUGAGGAUUGUCUAUUCUUUUGGUAUAUCUCACGAACAUCCAGGCACUUUCAUUCUCACUUAUAUUAGAAGUUCCAACCCACACCAUGAAUAUGUGGGUAUGUAUCCCAAGGGGUUCAAGUUCAGAAAGAGAAUGUUUGAGGAUAUCGACCGUCUUGUGGCAUACUUUCAAAGACAUAUUAAUGAUCCACCAGACUCUGCGCCAUCAAUACGAUCAGUUGCUGCAAUGGUCCCUAUGCGAAGCCCUACCAAUGGCGGUGGCUGGGGUGGUG